GUGGGAGUUAGGCCUAAGAGGGUACAUGCUUUGUCGUCUUCUUUGACGGACUGCGUGGUUUUACUCAGUUUCAUUACAUUCGCUGUAGACUACCACAUGAAUGCAUAAUAUAUAAACAACUUGCACGUCACAUUUCAAAACAAGUACUUGCAUGGUGGCUUCAAUGACAGGUUUAGAUACUCUGCGGUGCCUUGUUAGGUCGAGAGCUCAACUACGAUAUCCACAAUCCCUUUCGCAUCAUACGCGGCAGGUUUUUCUCGGAUCGGAGUAAGCUACAAUUCAAAACGAGACGUCUCUGUUUAUGUUCAACACACCUCCAACAUAUUAUUCUGCUGUCCGCACGGAGCGAAGCAUUAAAAAACAACAUUUGGGGGAAUGUAACUUUAUACAGGAAGAAAGCUAACACGAAAGCGUCGUAUGAUUGGCCAUUAUGACUUUUUUUGUAUCAAACAUUGAUAUUUGUUGACAAAUUGCCUUUGUUAGCUGGUAAACAAGCUAACUCAACGAACUUGGUCUGAAGCGGCGGGUGGUAGAUGGUUGUCACCCGCUCACUGAGCGGUGUGUCUCGGCAGGAGGAGCGCAUCGACUCCGCUGGUUGCAGCGGCGACAACCAACAGGCACAUGCAGGAUGAGGAGGCGGAGCUGAAGCUCAGCUGACCCCACCCAUUUAGUGUGACCUCCCUCCUACCCUCACCCAUCCAGCCAGCCGGGCCCAUGUUCUCUCCAGAGCAGGAAAAUAUCUCCCCCUCCUCCACCUCCUCCUCCAAAGUGCCGGUGAAAUAUGGAGAGCUCAUGGUGCUGGGGUACAAUGGCUCUCUACCCAACGGUGAUCGAGGUAGGAGGAAAAGCCGUUUCAGUCUGUCUAAGAGACCCAAGGCUAAUGGGGUCAAACCCAGCACAGUGCACGCUGCCUGCACCGCACAGGCAGCUAAGGCUAUCAGCAACAAGGACCAACACAGCAUCUCCUACACGUUAUCCAGAGGUCAGACGGUGGUGGUGGAAUAUACUCAUGAUAACAACACAGACAUGUUCCAGAUUGGUCGUUCCACAGAGAGCCCUAUAGACUUUGUGGUAACCGACACGGUGGCAGGGAGCCAGAGUAACUCAGACACCCAGUCAGUCCAGAGCACCAUCUCUCGCUUCGCCUGCCGUGUCAUGUGUCAGAGGACGCCCCCCUACACCGCACGCAUCUACGCUGCCGGCUUCGACAGCUCCAAGAACAUCUUCCUAGGGGAGAAGGCGGCUAAAUGGAAGACGUGUGACGGUCAGAUGGACGGUCUGACCACCAACGGUGUGCUGGUGAUGCACCCUCGCCACGGCUUCACGGAGGACUCCAAACCGGGCGUCUGGAGAGAGAUCUCUGUCUGCGGUAACGUCUUCACCCUCCGAGAGACCCGCUCCGCUCAGCAGCGGGGCAAGAUGGUAGAGGCAGAGAGCCAGGAGCUGGUGGAUGGCUCUCUGAUAGACCUGUGUGGAGCCACGCUCCUGUGGCGCACGGCCGAGGGCCUGAGCCGCACCCCCACCAUCAAACACCUGGAGGCGCUACGUCAGGAAAUCAACGCAGCCCGGCCCCAGUGUCCCGUCGGCUUCAACACCCUGGCCUUCCCCUCCAUGAGACGCAAGGACACCCCAGAUGAGAAGCAGCCAUGGGUCUAUCUCCAGUGUGGCCACGUCCAUGGUUACCACAACUGGGGAAGCCACCGGGACAGAGACAGGCUGGACCGGGACAGAGACAGGCUGGCCCGGGACAGAGACAGGCUGGACCGGGACCAGGAGGAGAGGGAGCAGGGCUGGAGCAGGGAGUGUCCUAUGUGUCGAGCCACUGGGCCGUACGUUCCCCUCUGGUUGGGCUGCGAGGCAAGCUUCUAUCUGGACACGGCUCCGCCCACCCACGCCUUCUCACCGUGUGGUCACGUGUGUUCCGAGAAGACGGCUGUGUUCUGGAGUCAGAUCCCGCUGCCGCACGGAACACACACCUUCCACGCCUCCUGUCCCUUCUGCGCCCAGCAACUGAGUGGCGAGCAGGGAUACGUUAGACUCAUCUUCCAGGGCCCUCUCGACUAGGGGGACUAUUUGUCCUUGGUCGGAACUACUUUCCUUUUUGGUCGCAAAGGAACGACGCUUAGAACCUCCAACUGCCUGGGAUUUUGGGGCGGGGGGGGGGAUUUUCUGGAAUGUUCUCUCCGUUUCUGUUUGUCUCUCUGUGUUUUUAAGUGACCUUUUCUAUUUUUGAUUUUUAUUGGGAAUGAAAACAAAGAUUUCUAUAUUUUCAUGUGAAACAAGAAGAGAAAGAAAGCAACACUACUGGGUGAUAUCAUUUAGUUUUCUGAAAGAACUGUAAACUGUAUUUAUCUAUUAUACUAACAUAUGACCACACAUGGGUUUAUUCUCCUUUAGUGUUGCGAUAUUCAUCCGCGUACAUCUUUAAGACUUCAAGUCCUUUAUUUCUGCCCAGACUUCAUAGUAACUCAACCAGAAAAUGAAGAUAAAGCUACAUUAGUUAUCCUCCUUUACUCUUCUUGGUCAAUGUGCUUCACUUCAAUACUUUUUAACAUUUGUAUUGUGCUAUUAGACUAUAAUAAUCGCAGAUCUCAAGUUCAAGGGUCGUAUUCACUCGAAGCUGAACGGAGCAAACAGGAAGGGACCUACCUCCAUUGGUCCAAUGAGAACCGUUUGUUUUCCGUUGCAAAACGUUUUGCUACGGUAUGCAGUAAUGAGUACGACCCAAGGUGUGUUUUGGGGGUUCAGUUCUGUGUAUAGUGGUAUGCGUCGUGCCCCCCCCCCCCCCCCCAUAUCAUGGAUCUAUUGAGUAUUCAUGACAACGUUCUGUCAUAUUGAAACCUCUGUGUUGUCUGUCUGAUGGGGAGUUCUGGCUGUGUGUAAGGGGGUGAAGUUUCCCCUAAGUACAGAACUAGGAGCUGCUUCUCCUCCCCCAAUCCUAACCUUAACCAUUAGUGGGGAAAAUGUGAAGCUGACUUAAGAUCAGCAUCUAGGGGCAACUCCACCCAACACUGUGUUAUAACUGUUCAUUUUUUCCCACAAGGCAUUGCCAUGACCUUUCACAUUUGAAGCAAUAGAUUUGGAUACAGACUUCCUACUUUUCGAGCAACCUGGGGUUUGUAGUCCCGUGAGUGAGUUUGUCAGACAGCCUUUUCUGACGGUCUUCUCCCUUCAAAGCACAGGAGUAGAAACCAACAAGCCCAAACUGAUGUGAUGUAGUCAUUGGAGAGGUGUGUGUGUGAGCAAAUUGUUGUGCUUCCGCAUUCAUGAGUUAGAGCCUCUGUGUAUGUUCUGAUACUCUGCUCUGAUUGGUUAGAUAGAUUGACAGCUAUGUGAUUGCUGUCUGUAGUUUUGAUUGAGUGUUGAACACACACUGUUGCCUGUGUAAAGUAAAGACAGGUCAUGUUGAAUGUCAUUCUCUUCUUAAGCAUCUAGACGUCACGAUAAUUCUGAAUGAAACAGUAUUUAUAGGGACAAAAUACCUCAGUGUAAAAAGUAGUCCUGAACUUUAACCUUCAGAAGUCAGUGGUGGAGGGGGGGCAUUACAUAGUAUAACUUGUCUAUGGAUGGUAUUUGAUCAUGUUAUCACUGUAUGAGUGUGUAUUUAUUGUACUGUCUGUACAGUAUUUUGUGUGUGUGUUGUGUUGUAUACAGAGGUCUCUCCACUGCUCUCUGAAUCUGACUGAUACUCACCUCAGGGAGAACACACAUACCUCUGUCUGCCGUAUAGACACACCACACACACACACACACACACACACCUCUGUCUGCUGUAUAGACACACCACACACACACACACACCUCUGUCUGCCGUAUAGACACACCACACACACACACCUCUGUCUGCCGUAUAGACA